CAUACCCAAAAAAAAUUGUAUCAAUACCUUGGUGAAUUCGAAGAGAUGGAAGCGAUGGAAGAAAAGGAGAAUUCUACUUUGUUAUCCGUUUUAGAACGCAAAUUAUCAGAAGAAAGUAAUGUGUGUUCACAACAGCUUUGCCAACAAUCAAAUCAAAUGCUGAAAUUAUUCACAGAUUUUGCAGCUGGUCAAACACAAGAGACACAACGUUCCUCAUUUUUGUUAUACCAGCUUUUAUGUCAUGUUUGUGGAUCACCCCAUGUUACGGAUGGGACGCGCCUCCUUUAUAAAGUAUUGGAUGAUUGUACGAAAAUAAGUUUUCAGUAUACAAAUAUCAGCAGUGGUAGCCGAGCAGAGGGAGUUCAUAUACCAGAAUGUGAUUAUGACAUCAUGACUAUCCUUGAACAAAUCGUCGUAUGUGACGAAAGUUCUAUUGUCGAUGACUCAAAACCUUCAUUAAUUUGUAAUACAGAAAACUCUUAUCCAGGUUUUGCACAUUUAAUUAUUCCACCUGGAAGUCAUUAUUCGGAAGAUUUGAAUCGUAUCUGGGGAGUCAAAUCCGUUUGCGGUCCCGUUGUUUCAAACAGCCGGUUUAAAGAGUAUUUCAUGAAUAAUUAUCGGGAUAACAAUAUCCGUAUUCAUGGGCCGUGCAUAUCACCAGACGAUGAUACCGUUGAUCAUCUUUUCUAUUUUCGAAGUAAAACAUGGCCGACAAUAUCUAGUCAAUGGUUAUAUAGGGUGGCAGGUCGUGAAUGGCCAACUACCGAUGUCGUAGCGGAAAUUCUAGACCAGGGUAUUUUAAUUGUACCAAUAGGAAGUAAAUUCGGUGCGGAAGAAGACUGUCCUACUGAAUGGCGUCUUUCGUUCUCAUUGGCAGAAAGAGAACUGAUUCACUCGUGGAAUCAUACACAACUAUUGUGUUACAUAUUUUUCAAAUACAUCAAGAAAGAUUUGAUGAAGGUCUUGCCAUUUGGAAAACUAAUUUGCUCCUAUUUCAUUAAAACGACAUUGUUCUGGCUCAGCGAAGAAAAUUCACCAAAAGAUUGGAAUCCUAACAAUUUUCUGGCAUGUUUUCAUGAACUACAAAAACGUCUCAUGUACUGGUUAAGGUAUGGUUUCUGUCCGCAUUAUUUUAUACCAGAGAAUAAUCUGUUCGAUGGGAUACUAAAUGAUGAAUCUAAAAUGAUUUUAGAAAACGCAAUAAAAAACCUUUUAACUCUUGUAUUACACAGCACCCACUAUGGUAAGGCAUUUAGAACUUUUCAUUUACACGAGCUUCAAACAUAUUCUUCGUCAGACACAGCAUUUAUGGAAAAGAAGGUUGCCAUUCUCUCACUUCUUAAGCUCUUACGCUUAACUUUAAAAUCAUGUACUAUAAAACAAAUUCAUGCAAUCCUAUUAAAGUCUCUUCAUCGACUGUUAAAACAGAAACAAUCAUACUUCCCUAAAGGGAUCUAUUUAUUAGCAGUUUGUUAUGCAAAUCAAAUAUAUGCUGAAAGGUUAAGUUUGGACUCACAAAAUAACAAAAAAAGGUAUAUAUCUCACAAAAAUAUCAUGUCACGUUUACUGAUUGGUACAAAUUCAGACGCAAUAGCUGGCUGGUCACUAGUAGCCAUGUAUUUUUGCAAAAAUAAACAAUACAAUGCUGCACUGCAGCUCAUAGGCGUGAUCUUGCAAAAGGGUGCGAAAGAAAAUAAACUGUUAUUAACCUUCGUCGACAUUAAGGACAUGAUGAGAUAUUUUACUGUUAAGGCUGAUACAAGAUGGCACCGACGUCAAUCGUUUUUGCAGAGGACCAAGAACUUAUGUAUGGAUAUAAUAUAUCAAACACCAACUUCUUCAUGGCUAUUGGAGGAACUCUAAAUAGAUACUAGUACUGGGUUCAAAUGUUGGAGAGUCCAUCCUGUGAUAUUCGCACACUUUCUACACUUUGUAAUUUUCAACAGAACUGGAAAUAUAACAAGAAGAGAUCGAGCACUACGGGAUAUUAUAAUUUCAAACCGAGAAAGUCGUAUUCCAGGUUUCUAUAGAGAACGGCUUACUACGUUCCUUCUACUGACGAUAGCUUACAGAUUAGUGAAUGAUAAACUGGCCGCUGAAUACUGGUUGUCCCAUGCUUAUAGAUUCGGGAAGAAAUUUUCUUGAUAUAAUAGAAAAACAAAGGAUAUGGGGUAUCCAUCCAUGACACAAAAUCAGUACAUGCACAGCAAAAAAACAUACAAUAAGCAAUGGAACAGCGCUUUUAUUGCUGUUCUUCAUCUCAAAGUCAAAGUGAGGCCUUCAAAAUGGCUGUUUUUUUUAUAAAUUUUUUUUUGCACACCUUGAUUCCGUUGAUUUGGUGAUGAGUUAUAUGCUUAAUAUUAUUGUACAACUGGUU